UGUGAAAUGAGACAGCUGUGCUGUAAAAACACCAUCCCACAGACUUUGCUACCAGAGGAACACAACAGCCAGCACUUAUAGAGAGCAGGAUUGCCCAAGCCAUGGAGCGAGAACCAAUGCGCAUAAGGGAGGGCUACUUGGUUAAGAAGGGCAGCAUGUUUAAAACUUGGAAGCCAAUGUGGGUUGUGCUCUUAGAAGAUGGAAUUGAAUUCUAUAAGCGGAAGGCUGAUAACAGUCCCAAAGGGAUGAUCCCACUAAAAGGAAGCUCUAUUCACAGCCCAUGCCAAGAUUUUGGCAAAAGAAUGUUUGUCUUCAAGCUCACUGUGGCCAAGCAGCAGGACCACUUUUUUCAAGCUGCCUACCUGGAGGAAAGAGAUGCUUGGGUGCGGGAUAUCAAGAAAGCAAUUCAUCACAUAGAUGGAGGCCAAAGGUUUGCCAGAAAAUCCACGAGAAAGUCCAUCAGAUUGCCUGAAACAAUCAAUCUGAGUGCUUUGUACCUAUCAAUGAAAGAUCCUGAAAAGGGAAUAAAGGAGUUGAAGCUGGAAAAAGAUAAGAGAGUGUUCAAUCACUGCUUCACAGGCACCGGUGUGAUUGACUGGCUGGUGUCCAGCAGCUCCGUCCGAAAUCGCAAAGAAGGUCUCCUGCUUGCCUCUUCCCUCUUGAGUGAAGGCUACCUACAGCCUGCUGGGGAUACGUCCAAGGCAGCUGCCGAGGGAUUGUCAGACACCCCAUUCCUAGACCUCAGUGAUGCCUACUAUUACUUUCCAGACAGUGGAUUUUUCUGUGAGGGGUACUCCAGUGAUGAUGAUGUGGUCCUAAAAGAAGAAUUCAGAGGCACAAUUGUUAAACAAGGAUGUUUGCUGAAACAGGGACAUCGGAGGAAGAACUGGAAAGUGAGAAAGUUCGUUUUAAGAGAUGAUCCUGCAUAUCUUCACUAUUAUGAUCCUGCUGGAGGGGAAGAACCACUGGGAGCAAUUCAUUUGAGAGGUUGUGUGGUGACAGCAGUGGAAGAUAUGCCAGACACCAAGAAGUAUGAUGUUGACAACAUCCUCUUUGAAAUCAUCACAGCAAAUGAAAUCCACUAUUACUUGCAAGCAGCCUCAUCCACAGAGCGUACAGAGUGGAUCAAAGCAAUCCAGUCAGUUGCUAGGACUGGUAAAUGAAGAUGAUAUUCCAACAAGAAGACAGACUUAAAUUAAAUUAGUUACUCAAAACAGAAUUUAGCAUUUCACCAAGAGAAAGCAGUAUAAUCCCAAAGGGCUUGCAUGUUGGGGUUGAAGACUGAGUGGAGGUUUCAACUCUAUAGUGAGCACUAACAAACUAACAUUUUUCCACUUGUAUUAUGGCAAUAUUUUACUAAAUUAUAACAUAGAACAUGCCAUAUUAGUGUGUUGCUUAGAGUAAUCAGUUGACCUUGAGAAGGUUGUCCCUAUUGCCACAGCUGAUAGUGGAAAUGACAGAGAGGACCUCAGUUAAUCACCCUCUUCAGCCUGUGAUGUGUUUCAGGAUAUGCAUGUAUUUCAGUCUUCUCUAGACAAUGUUUACACCUUCUUCUUCACCUGAUCUUCUUGCUGCUUGUUCACAUAUACAUAUAAUGCCAUAGAUAUAAGGAAAAGAAGUCAACUCAUUUGGAAACCUGAUCCACUCCUUUAUAAUCUGUCAGCAUUAAAGGAGGGAAGAAUGCAGACAACUAUGGAAACAUUAAGUGGAACCAAGUAUAACUCCAUGAUGGCAGUAUAAGGAAAAGUCUCUUCCCACAGUAUUUCAAACACAAAGCAAUCUCACUUCAAACUCCAUAUAACCCAAUUUUAAACCUUGCCAAAUUUCUCCACAAGAAUCUGCACUGGGACCAUUGUUUCCCUUUAUUUAGGUCUACAAAGCAGAUGCUGAGUUGUCAGGUACUGUACUCUAUUUGAAUUAAGAAUCUUGCAGAAGGGAAAGGAUGCAUGGGUUGAUUACUUGAACUAUUGAUUGAAGUGGUUGCAAUUUUUUAACCUCCAGCAACAUCCUCAAUCCUAGAUUCUGUGGCUUAGUAAUAUAAGAGAAACCUUGUGCUGGUAACUGAAAUAAAUGUUUUCAUUUGAUAGGGUCAGUUCCCCUGAUUAAUUCUUGUAUUUUUGUCUGACUGUAUAUCAAACAAACUUCUAAGUCUUAAACUCUCAGGAGGAGUUGAAAACCAAGUUAAUGUCAGAUUAUGCAUGUAGGCUUUUCCUGGUACAGACUGAUGUUUUAGUGAAGGGAACUUCAAAAUCUUUAAAACUCUGUUCAUAGAUCUAAUAAGGUACCUUAUCCUUAAGAAUUCUUAUUGGUAUCUAUUCCAUCUAAAAAUAAAUGCGGAGCUAAAGCUUCUCUUCAGUUUUACUUAAUUAUACUUGCAGCUGAGCUAAUGAGCCUGAAUCCCAGUUGCCUUACAUUACUUAUCCCAAAUAAAACAACCUUGAAAGAGCAGCAGGCUGAGACACUGCCCCAUCAUGUCCACUUAAGUUGGACAGCAGAAAUCAGCUUCUGGCAGGCAUUUCCUGUCUCUCAUGCAAGCUAAUCGGAUCAUUGAAGCCUGAUGUGUCAUUCUCAGGAAGGAAGACUCAUGGUAAAAAGACCCACUGUUUGUUCAGCCUGCUUUCUUGAUAAUUGCUGCUUGUUGCUUCUUAUUUUUGCUUUCAGAACUCACUAACCCAAAAGUACCCAAAGGCACAGGAAAAGAGAAAAAAACUACCCCACACAACCAAACAACAGAAACUUACCAGCUUACCAAAUUUAAUAAAACUAAAAUGUUUUACCAGUCCAUGACCUUAUAAUUUUAACUUGUGCCCAGUCCAAGGUAUGGCUGUCCACCUAUAAAUGGUGUUUUCUCAGGCAGAGGAUGAGAGUGCAUUUAUGGAAGAGCUCUUAUGUUUGUACCAUCCUAUAUUGAUGGGGUCUGUAAUCUCAGGAAGCAUUUCAGAAGACACAUUUCUAGGGUUUGUAGGUGCCUCUGCUUCUUGGCAGCAGUGAGAAGAUCUUGUCAAAGGAAAUUCAGUAUUAAAAGCAACUACAUGUCUGUCAGAGAUGAUGAGGCCAGCCCAGUAACUCAGAAGGCAUGGAAGAGGCACAGAUCCUGAAUACUGGCACAAAGAAGAGAGCUUUGUGCAAGGAACUACUAAACAAAAGGGAGAAAACAGAAGACCUACACGUGUCGUGCUUCCUCUUUCACCCUCUAACUAUUUAAAUCACACUUCUACUACACCCUCAGCAAUUACUACAUUAACAUCAGUUCUUUUUUACUUGUAAAAUGAAACAAAAUAAACAAACCAUUGUAGAUAAUUUACAUGGACUGUAUUUAUAAUCAUCAGUUAUUUAAAUAGCUGUAUAAUAUAAUCUCAUUUAAACAUCUUCUUAAGUUCACAUUUGUUUUGCCACAACUCGCACUGAGCAAUUCUCCCUCCCCUGGAACACUGCCUACGUACUUACUACAGUCAGGGUCAGAUUUUUGGGAAUGCUGACUCGCCAUGCACCCAUAAAAACACCCACAUAGACGCAGCACUCCUACUUCCAUUUUAAAAUUAAGUUUAAAAGAAAACGGUAUGAAAUAAACCACAAAGACAGAUGCUGAAAAAAUAGUAACCCCAGCACAACAAGCUUUCAGCUACAGGUGUUAGUACUUCUUAUAAUCCAACAAACACAUAUGGAGGUAAUUUGGACUUAAAAUGUCUCUAGCAUUUUUUUUCAAAGAGCUGUUUACUUUCCCUGCCCCACAACUUUCUUCU